GCGCGCGCAGAGAAGCGGACAGGCAGCCGGCGGAGGAGCGCGCAGACCCACGGACACGCGGACACGGAGCUCACCUGCAGACAGGUGAGCGGCAGCAGGCAGGCUGGAGCCGCAGUAUGCUGAGGGAGAACCCUCACCUGGGAAGAUGUACGUCAGCUACCUGCAGCUGGACAAGGAGCCCAGCAUGUACUCCCACCAGAACCCGGUGAGCCGCCACCCGGGCCUCAGCCUCAGCCCGCAGAGCUUCCCGGUACCAGCCCCCCCGCAGUACUCGGACUUCGCGGGCUACCACCAUCACCACCACCACCACGGCCUGGGCACCGACCCGCAGCAGGCCGGGCCGGGGGCCGGCGGCUGGAGCCCGGCCUACCCUCCGCCCCCUCCCCCGGCCCGGGAGGACUGGUCCUCUCAUCAUUACGCGGCCGCCGCUGCCGCCGCCGCAGCGGUGGGGGGGCCCCCCGCUGGCCCCGGGGUCACCGGGCCCUCGCUGGGCUUCGGCUCCCAGGAGUUCCCCGGACAGCCGCCCGCGCUGCUGCCCGCCGGCCUGAACCCGCCUGGGGGGCAGCUGUCCCCCGGAUCCCCGAGGAGGAGGAACCCCUACGACUGGAUCCGAACCUCCGCACCGCCCAGCAACCCAAAUGGAAAGACUCGGACUAAAGACAAGUACCGGGUGGUCUACACCGACCACCAGCGGCUGGAGCUGGAGAAGGAGUUUCACUACAGCAAGUACAUCACUAUCCGGAGGAAGGCGGAGCUGGCCACGGCGCUCAGUCUCUCAGAGAGACAGGUGAAGAUCUGGUUCCAGAACCGACGAGCGAAGGAGAGAAAGAUCAACAAGAAGAAGCUCCAGCAGCCCGCCUCCUCCACCACCACGCCCACACCUCCCACCGGCGGCGGAGGAAACGGAGGAGGAAGUGGACUCCAUGGGAGCAGCAGCAACGUUGCCAUGGUUACAAGUAGCAGCAAUGGGCUGGUUUCUCCAUCUUCUCUGACACUAAACAUCAAGGAGGAGUACUGAGGAGACAAAGACGAAUUUUCACGGGGCGUUGAUGUGGGCGGCUUGGACUCAAGAGUUGACCCAACAAACUGAAACCCUUCAGCGCCUCAAUCUCUGCUCCUCUUUAUUAGGUCUGACGCUUUAGCUCAAGAAAGGUUGGAAGUUGUGGAUGGGUAAAACCUCAACGAGGUGUCUGUCCAACAGUUCCAGACGGUCUCUGCUGGUCCUUCCUGAAGUCAUGAUGGGAGAAAAUCUGCCCAUUUGAUCCAAACAGCUGGAGGGUGAAGCACGCUGAUGAUCCUAAGCUCAGUCCAUUACCUUUAACAAAAGGUUCCGGACAUUUGGACCACACUGCCCCAUCGAGCUUCAUGAAGGGCAGCUGAGUUCAGGUUAAACCCAGAGCUUAGUUCCUCUGUGGUCCACUUAGUUCAGUCAUACAGGCAGAUCCUUCACAGAACAUGUACCCUCAAUCAGUCACCACAGAUUGUUGAUCUGGACCUGUCAGUUUAAUCAGUGACUAGGACCUGUCACUGGACCCGUCACCUGGACUCCUCAGUGGACUUGUCACCUGGAUCUGUGAGUGGAUCCAUGACUAGGACCCUUCACCUCUACAAGUCACUUGACCCAUCUGGAAUCGUCAGUGGAUCUGUGACUAGGACCCAUCACCUGGACUAAUCACCUGAACUGUCAAAACCUGCCACUGGACCCAGUGACCUGUGGACACCUCUUCGCCUUUCUACCCGCAGAUGCUAAACCUUUGAACCAGAAUCAGAAAAUUCAGAAGAAGACCCUAGAAAGGACAAACCAUUUUAUAAUAUUUAGACUUUGAAACUUUUAAAAACUUAUUUUUCUCUAUAAAAAAAAAAAAAAACUAACCUUGUGAAAUAUUAAUGGUUUUAAGAUUAAGAAUGUAACUUUUUUGGAUGGUUUUACUAAAGCAAAAAAGAAGAUUUUGUGUUUUCUAAUCUUCUUGUUUCUUAAUUUAUACAUUUGGUGUAAUAUAAUUAUAUAUAACUCAAAUAAGUUUUUGCAUAUGUUUUUAACUUCUCAUGUUUUUAUAUGGAAUUUUUAAAAUAUAUUUAUCGAGAUGUUGGCUCCUCAGGAACGUUCUCACUUUAUUAAAGACGUCUCAGAAAUACUUAAAUCAACUCUAAAAA